AUGGAGACUGAGGCGGUCUCGAACGAUUGCCUGUUGGGUCCUGUCACUCUCAAAAAGAGAAGCAGCAUGAAAUUGAAGAAUAGGAUGAUGAUGAAGAUGAAAAGUCUCUCUUCCUUUCUCGACGAGGAGAAGGAGAAGUAUGGCGAGGAAGAUAACGAAAUCAUUAUAUUCCGUCAACACUGGGAAAGACGUUAUGCCGAUAGUUACGGUUCGUUUGAGAGCACUAACAAUGGAAUGCAGAUUUUCUAUGUUAAAGUCGCCCAGAUCAAAGAGGAGGGUCUUGACUGGCCACUACAUGUGUAUGGCUUGAUUGCCACCAGGGAUUCUAUCGAUCCUAGACGCAAUCUUAUUUUCUACUGCACUAGGGAUAACUGCCAAACUAUAACUGAAGGGGUUCCCUUUUUGCAGUUAACUGGCCCAUCUCGUGCAGUUGUGUUAAUUGAUCCAGUCAGGAUAUUUACAAGUCAUUUACACUUCAACCAAAGCAAAGUUGAGUUUGCAUUUGCAGUACUUGCUCGAUCAGUUGAGGCUACCAUCCGUAUUGAAAUUGUUGAUGGUGCUUGGCCAGAACAUCUCGGGGGACAUGUAACAGCUCGCACGGCUAGUAUCCAUCAUGAGGGUAUUGUACUUGCAGAUUCUGGAGGUGGAAAACUGCCUGUCAGUGGUUCUGGUGUGAUUGAGCUUUCAAGACGGGUUAUUUGUGUUGAAUUAAGUGGAGAACUGGAAGUUGAUGUUGCGGCCUUUCGAGUUGUUCAUAAUAUUUACUCAGAUGCUGCAAAAGGUUCCGUUGUUUUCACACCUAAAAGGGCCGCAAUCAGUUAUGACACAUGUGAUCUAGGCUUCUGUAAGCUGGGAGUCACCGUUGCUUGGUCUCUUCUUGCACAAGUUGAUGAUAUGCCAUGGGGUCGCACUGCACGGGGCUGUAGCCUGUAG